CAAUCCUUUGUAGUAUCCAUUUUGUUACUGGGCAUAAGGCAGCAUCACAUCAUCAUGAGUUACAUAUUUUUAUAUGUACCACACAUUGAUAGUGCUAUCAUUUAUAUGCCAACAUCUUAACAUGCAACCAAGUUGGAGGUGUGUGCUGCAGCAGACUUGCGUGAGUUGUACGUUAUUAUGAUGGGCAGAAGGUACCAGUGUCCAAUAGGUAGGCAACCAUGAAGGGGGGAUGUUUUUCAAAGUGGUGUUGAUCUGUUGCCUCCCAAACCAUGGGGUUGCAUCAUAAGUGUGGCAUUGCAUCAUGAAGACUAGACAUGGGAAGGCUGUUGCAUUGUGUAAAAUCCAACACAAUGAGCAGAAUCAUAAGAUCAUACAAGGUUGCGGGGGGCAUUCCAGUGCGACUGCUCAAAGUUGAAGCCCCAGCAAUAUCAAGCUACCAGGCUCGCCAGCUGAGUAACCCGUCACAGAAACCCCAAGGGUUCAUCGGCAAGCUCAUCGACAACAUCAAACAGGAGUAUGAGAAGAACAAGGAGAUGAAGGAGAGCCUCGAGAAGUUCAAGAGGGAGGCCGAGCGACUGGAGCAGUCGGAAGCCCUGAAGAAGGCCCGUGAGAAGUAUGAACGGCUGGAGUCGGAGACGGGCGAGGGGACCAAGAUGCUGCAGGAGAGGUUAACCUCGCUGAAAAAGAAGCUCGGGGAGACGCUCGAUGAAGCCCAAAAACUCGAGCUGGUCAAAAAAGCCACCGAGCUGACCGAGACGAUGAACAAGCAGGCGCGCCAGACGGCCGAGGCCGUGGCGCAGCGCGGCGAGCAGCUCGGCCGCUCGGCCACCUUCCAGACGCUCUCCGACACGGCGCGCGCCGUCAAGCGCGAGAUCGACGACAGCACCAUCGGCAGCCCGGGGGUGUACCGGGCGCCCAAGGUGCUGCGUAAACGCAAGAGCGCGGCGGCGCCCGAAGACGACCACGCCGUCGCCGCCGACACCGAGGCCACCGGCUUGGAGCUCCACAAGGACUCGCGCUUCUACGCCAGCUGGCAGAACUUCAAGGACAACAACGCGUACGUGCACAAGGUCAUGGACUGGAAGACCAAGUACGAUGAGAGCGACAACGCGGUGGUGCGCGCCUCCCGCCUGCUGACGGACAAAGUCAGCGACAUCAUGGGCGGCCUGUUUCAGCGCACGGAGCUAUCAGAGGUGCUCACCGAGAUCUGCCGGAUGGACCCGCACUUCGACAAGGACCAGUUUCUGCGCGACUGCGAGCACGACAUCAUCCCCAACAUCCUGGAGGCGAUGAUCCGCGGCGACCUGGACAUCCUGCAGGACUGGUGCUACGAGGCCACCUUCAACGUGCUGGCGCAGCCCGUGCGCACGGCGCGCCAGCUGGGCUACCACUACGACUCCAAGGUGCUGGACGUGGACAACGUGGACCUGGCCAUGGGCAAGAUGAUGGACCAGGGCCCGGUGCUGAUCAUCACGUUCACGUCGCAGCAGAUCCUGUGUGUGCGCGACGCGCGGGAAACUGUGAUCGAGGGAGAUCCUAACAAGAUAAUGCGCGUGAACUACGUGUGGGUGCUGUGCCGCGACCAAACAGAGCUCGACCCGCAGGCCGCCUGGCGCCUGCUGGAGCUCUCGGCCAGCAGCACCGAACAGCUCGUCUAGCGCCCGGUGCGUCAGUGAGCCAGUGACGUAAUGGCGGCCGCCGGUCGGCCUCGCCCGGCCGCCUGCGGCGCGGGGUCGGUCGCACGUGCAGCCGGUGGGCGGGGGAGGAGGGGGGCGGAACUCUCGCUCAGGGCUGAUGUCGCAGCGGCGCGGGGCCGGGUAGCCACUGCUGUGAUGGAUUUCCGUUGUGACCCCGGCGGCUUGACGCUGAUGACGUCAUAGUGAUGUGUUAGACGUACGGCCAGGGUGGAGCGGGCGCCGGUAUUGCAGCCGGCCUUAAAUAGCACGAAUUCAAGCCACACCGCAUAGUGCAACCUACGUGCAAUCUGCGUGGCCGAUGAAGGAGUGACAGUCAUUGUUCCCACAUGCCCGACGAAUGGCUCCUUCCGUGGCUUAGUAUGUGCUGACGUCAUAGAGCAAUGUUAGUGAGUCUCACCGUGCCCAGUGGACAGUGCAUGACGUCACUUCGCUAACGUGAGUCAAAACGCUAAAGGCGGCUUGCCAAUCGUGAUGGUGUGGAAGUUCCUAUCUCCAUAUUGCGAUUGGCGCCCGGUUUUCUGGUCUGGAUCAGUCGUCCGCCGGGUCUGCUCUGUACGAACUCGACAAAAGUGGCGAACUUUGUGUCGCACAUGCGAAUACAGGUACA